AUGGGUAAUAGCUUGCAUCACUACAACACAAUACACAUUCGCUCUAAAUGGAGGAAUGUAUGGGAAAAUUAUGGGCAAAAGAGAAUUGAGAUAAGGGGAUCUCAUAUCCCCAUUAUUGUUUGUAAUCUGCAUGGAGUACUCCACAAGGAUUAUGAAGGAUCCGAGAAGGGGACACUUCCUUUCAGAUACUUAGAAGUCCCAAUAUCAGCAAGAAAUAUAUCAGCAAUAGACAAUGAUUCAAUGGCACAAAAAAUAACUAGUAGAAUCAGGGGAUGGGGGACAAGGAACUUCUUUUAUGCAGGAAGGGUGCAACUUAUUAACUCAGUGCUCAUGCAUGUGCAUACAUACUGGGCAUCGAUCUUCAUUCUUCUAAAACUGGUGGUGAAGAGAAUUACAGCAAUCCGGAGGAACUUCCUCUGGGACGGGAAAGUAGAAACAAAUAGAACACCUCUAAUGGCAUGGGAUGUUGUUACUAGACCUAAAAAGGAAAGAGAAAUGGGGAUCAGAGACUGUGUAAAAUGGAAUGAGGCAGCAAUAAAGAAAUAUGUAUGGGAUAUAGCUAAAACUUGUGAGUAA